CAGUUUUCUAGAAGGAGGCGGAGGAGGAAUAGACGACAGCCCGUCCUCCCAGUUUGCAGACUUUUGGGACCAGCUGGAUCACUCAAUGGUUUUCCCAGACUUCCGGCCGCUCCGAAGCAGCUCGCCGGAGCAAGAUGGUCGGGACAACGAGAGGGGCCACCAAGCUCACGCGGACCUGUGGGGACCAAGCAGACCUCCGCGGCUGCCCAUGACGCGGAGGUAUAGAUCCCGAGGCAGCACGCGGCCCGACAGGUCGCCAGCUAUCGAAGGAAUAAUACAACAGAUCUUUGCGGGCUUCUUUGCGAAUUCUGCAAUUCCCGGCUCCCCUCACCCCUUUUCCUGGGGUGGCAUGUUGCACUCGAAUCCCGGGGACUAUGCUUGGGGUCAGAGCGGCCUUGACGCGAUCGUAACGCAGCUUUUGGGACAACUGGAAAACACAGGACCUCCCCCAGCAGACAAAGAGAAGAUUUCUUCUCUCCCAACAGUGACCGUCACUCAGGAACAAGUUGAUACAGGCCUAGAGUGCCCCGUGUGUAAAGAAGACUACACUAUAGCGGAACAGGUCCGGCAACUCCCGUGCAAUCACUACUUCCACAGCAGCUGCAUCGUGCCCUGGUUAGAGCUGCCGCGAUACCGCGUGUCCGUGUGCGGAAGAGUUUGAGCGGCGGGAUUCCCUUUCGGCAAACGCUGAACUCGAAGUGACCUGCUUUCAAUUCCUUUGCAGCGCAAGCCACUUACAUGACCGAUGGACUUUCUGAAGCCCCCAGCACAGGGGGCGGGUGGGGACAGGGGUGGGAGGUUCAGGCCUGUAGUAUCCCUUACUACAGUUGUAAAAUUGUAUAAUAAUUACAGUCCACAUCUGAGUAGCGAGGAAAAGGAGGAAGAACUGGCACGAGCACGGUGGAACCUCAGCCCCCCCAAUCGCCGAGAAAAAGCCGGCCUGUUUAGCUGGGUCACCACGGCAUCCAUGCGCCCCUUUUCAUGUUUUCUUUCCAAGCUUGAGUGAAUUUUUAGAAUGUGGGGUGGGAGGUGACGCAAAGAACCCCACGAGCAAGAGGCCUGUCUCCUUAGCCGCCCCACUGGUUUUUGCAAGGGGGUGUGGCUCCAGCCCCCUUCCUUCUCCUUUGAAGAGUGUACAUAUUCAGUGCUAGGAAGAGCCAGCCGGAGGUUUGCUGGGGUUGUUGUUUUGUGGAACAGUGAGCCAAGAGCGUCUGUCGCCUUUCCAUUGUCUCUCCAAAUAGAACAUGUGAACCCCUGGUUCAUCCAGCUUUCCCACGAUUCUUGGAGCGCAGCAUAUUUUGGCCGAGGGUUCUUUCGAUGAGGCUGGGAUCAAGGAAGAUACCUGGGGUUUUUUUUUUUUCUAUGUGAUUAUGUUUUUCCGGAAUGGGAGAGAACACUCAAGUCUAGAAGGGGGAGGAGAAAGGAGAGGGGAACCCCCCCUUGAUUCCAUUAAAACAGGUAUGUAGCACACCUCUGGGACAGCAUUUUAUCCCCCCCUUUCCCGCCUUUCUUGUCUACGGCUCCAUUGUUCUCAAGUUUGUCUGAACCAGGAUCUAUAUUCACCUGCCACUUAAGACCCCGGUGUUUUUUUUUUCUGCCUUGUCAAUGAGCCCGGACCCGCGUUUAAUUUAUCCUCAGCAUUCCCGAAGAGCCCAGCAUAAACUCUGUGUCUUGCAGGCAGUUCUUCAGUAUUUAAUAGGAAAAUGCCAAUCGUAGAGAACCGCUGCUUUCCUCUCCCUCUUUCUUUUUUUUUUUAAAGUGUGUUUGGAACAUUUCUCUCAUCUGCAUUUUUCCCCCUCCUCUGUUUUUAAUCUUCGGAAUCAUGUCUGAGCUCAGAACACCCGCUGCACAUGGGCCCAGAAGCGCAUUUCUGUCCGGGAACCAGAAGGAUGUCUGGCUUAGACGGUGUGGGGGCGGGGGGGAGGGCUAGAGGGGGAGAGGCAGAGAGAGAGGGAAGGCAGGGUCCUGUCUUGGAAAAGAAGAAUGAAGCAAGGAAUAUACCCUAUUGCCACUUCAUUGCUGUAACGGUGUACCAGGUACACUCAAUCUCAAACUUAACGUCUUUUGUUUGCUAUCAAAAGUUGAAUAAAAGUCUUUAUAAAGAA